GCAGCAACAGCAGCAGCAGCAGGUGUCUGCCUACGGGGCAAUGACGUACGGGCAGCCCGGCGCCUACGGAGGCUACAGCCAAGCCGUCCCUCCCACCGGGGCGACCGCACCUCCGCCCACCGUGCCCCCAAGCUAUGUGGGCGUGGCUACGGGGAUGGGAGGCGGCGCCUCCCAGGUCGCCGCGGGGUCGGUGCCCGGGAGCGGCCCCACCGCGUCCGGGACCUCGGCCUACGAGGGGUCGGCUCACCACGCACAGCCCACCGGCCUGCAGGCCUCCUACUCGGUGUACGGAGGCUCAAGCACCACCGCCGGGGUCGGCUCCUCCUCCUCCACCGCCUCCGCCGCCUCCUCCGCCCCCCCCCUCGGGGGGAGGGGCCGCGGGGGGCUCGUCCUCGGGCGCCCCCCCUCCCUCCUCGCAGGGUCCCCCCGGGGGGCCCCCCCCUCCGUCGUCGGGGGGCUCCGGCGGGGGCUACGGGCACCCCCCCCCGUCGGGGGGCCACCACCAGCAGCAGCAGCACGGAGGCGGGGGCGGGGGAUACCAGGGGGGGUCGCAGGGGGGAGGCUACGGUGGGGGGCAGGGGGGGGGCUCCUACGGUGGUGGGGGGCAGACGCCCUACUCGCAGCCCCCGCACUAUGGUGGAGGUGGCUUUGACCGCUACGGCCAGGAGGGCUCUGGGGGAGGGGGCGCCGGUGGGGGCUGCCCCCCGUUCCGGGGAGGCCGCGGGGGGUUUGACCCCCGCGGGGGGAGGGGCGGGGGCUCGAUGUUUGACCCCCGGGGUGGCCGGGGAGGAGGGGGCAUGGGUCGUGGGGGCGGACGCGGGGGCAUGGGCAGUGGAGAGAGACUACCCUACGGUAUGCACGGUGCUCCCAGAGAUCCGAGCAUGGGCCGUGAGCAACGCGACCACGGCGAGGUGGACAACUCUGAGAACAACACCAUCUUCGUGCAGGGCCUGGGGGAAGAGAUCACCGCAGAGGAGAUAGCGGAGCACUUCAAGCAGGUCGGCGUCGUCAAGAUCAACAAGCGCACGGAGCGCCCCAUGAUCAACGUCUACACGGACCGCGAGACCGGCAGGCCCAAGGGCGAGGCGACCGUCUCCUUCGAAGACCCCCCCACAGCCAAGGCGGCCAUCGAGUGGUUUGACGGCAAGGAGUUCAAUGGCAAGAAGCUCAAGGUGGUGUUUGCGCGACGCCGCACGGACAUGGGCAUGCGCGGGGGCAUGGGCGGCCGGGGCAUGCCCAUGGGACGGGGAGGCCCCGGCUGGGGGGGUCGUGACCUUGGCGGUGGCUUUGGGGGCCGCGGUGGGGGGCCCAACACCCCCCACAGGGAGGGAGACUGGCAAUGCCCCAACCCGGCGUGUGGCAACAUGAACUUUUCGUGGCGUAACGAGUGCAACCAGUGCAAGGCACCACGACCAGACGGUGGCGGAGGUCCACCCAUGAUGGGAGACCGCUGGCCACCCGGGGGCCGUGGGGGGUUCCGAGGGGCCCCCAUGGGAGGCGACCGCGGGGGGUUCAGGGGUCGGGGGAUGGACCGCGGCGGGUUCAGAGGUCGCGGCAUGGACCGUGGAGGGUUCAGGGGUCGCGGCAUGGACCGUGGAGGUCCCCCCAGCAAGAUGGACGGAAGGAGCGACCAUCGGAUGGACCGCCGUGAGAAGCCCUACUGAGGUCUCCCCCUCGUCCACCUCCUCACCCACCCCCUCACCCUCCUCACCCACCUCCUCACCCACCCCCUCACCCUCCUCACCCACCUCCUCACCCACCCCCUCA